UUCUUAGAAUUCUUCAAUUUUUAUGAACUGCUGGUCUUCAUUGUCAUGGGUUGCUUUGGAGGACUUCUUGGCGCACUCUUUGUCAAACUCAACUGUAUGCUGACACAGUAUCGACAGCUCAAUGUGAAGUCCAAGACGGCCAAAGUAUGCGAGGCGGCCGUAAUAGCCGCCCUGACUGCUGCCUGCAGUGUCACCCUCGUUCUUCUCGUCGCCGACUGUCGCCCGAUUGCUCCCUCAACCACCCACUUCCCUCUGCAGCUUGUGUUGGCUGUGGCUAUCGUACUCAGUAAACUUCCUAUGGUAGGAAGUGAGGCCAGAGAAACUUCAGACCAUGGUCUCAUUGCUUGUCAUAAGCCACUUGCGGACUUCUCUGACAUUCUCCUUAUGGAUCUCGUUCCCGGAUUUGCAACAGAAUCCGCCAAAUAA